GACAUCGUGAUGACGUUUGUGCCGGAGGACUUCGAGAAGGUGUUCCGAUCGGAGGGUGCCUGGCCACGGCGCACCGGGAUGGACUCGUUCGUGUAUUACCGCAAGCAGCAGCGACCUGAGUACUUCCAUGGUUACGGAGGACUUUUGGCAGAACAGGGCGAGGAUUGGCAGAAGAUGCGCACCAUCGUCAACCCGAUCAUGAUGCAGCCGAAGAUCAUCAAACUGUACAUUGACAAGGUGGAUGCGAUCGCGCAGGAGUUCAUGCACAUCGUCCAGGAGCUUCGAGAUGAACGACAGGAGUUGCCGGAUAACUUCAACGAAUGGCUUAACCGAUGGGCGCUGGAGACAAUGGGAGUGUUGGUGCUGGACACCCGGCUCGGUGUGUUGAACAGGGACCAGACGCCAGAAGUCAGCAAGCUGGUUACUCUAACCAAGGAUGCGGUCACGUUGUUCUAUCAACUCGACGUAUUGCCCUCCUUGUGGAGGAAGGUGAAAACUCCAGGUUUCUACCGGUUGAUGCGAACGUUGGACGACCUGUAUCAUUUGAUAGCGGGCAAAAUUGACGAAGCGGUGCAACGGAUGGAAAAGAACCCGAGUGCCGAUUCUGACACGCUCAGCAUUCUGGAAAAACUGCUGAAGGUAGAUCGCAAAGCGGCCUUCAUAAUGUCCCUAGAUAGCCUAUUUGCUGGGGUUGAUACGACCUCGUCCGGUUCGGUGGGAGUGCUCUACUGUUUGGCACAGAAUCCAGAUAAGCAGGACAAACUACGAGAGGAGCUACGUUCGAUACUACCCGACAAAAACUCGCCUCUAACACCAGCCAACAUGAAGAACAUGCCGUAUUUGAGGGCUUGCAUAAAGGAAGGACUUCGCCUGUAUCCUCCAACCCCUGGCAAUGGACGGUGUGCCGGCAAAAACCUUGUCCUGCAGGGCUAUCAAAUCCCUAAAGGAGUGCUGAUUGGAAUGGGCCAGUUGGUGUUGCAGCGUGAAGAAGGACAUUUCACAAAAGCGAGCUCCUUCAUACCGGAACGAUGGCUAGGCAAAGAGGCUGCAUCCGGAUGUCCCAGUGCCAAGGAAGUGCACCCCUUCGUGUACAUGCCGUUCGGUUUUGGGGCUCGAUCUUGCGUUGGCCGACGAUUGGCGAUGAUGGAGAUGGAAAUCCUGGUGUCCCGGAUGGUGCGACAGUACAACAUCCGGUGGAAUUACGACGAGUUGCGGUAUAAGGCGUCGAUUGUCAACAUACCUGCGAACGAUCUGAAAUUCCAACUGACGGAGGUGGUCGAAAUGAUCGACCCCGAAUGGUCCACUGCAAAACCAUUAGAAUCCAUUCCCGGUCCCAACAGGUGGCAGCUUUUCAUCAGAUUCUCCAAGGGUGGACGUUACGCGGGUAUAGACUUUAUCGAUGUGCAUCGUCUGUUUCGGAAAGAUUACGGAACAAUUCUACGCCUCCCGGGUAUGAUGGGCCGUAAGGAAGUUGUUCUAAGCUUUCUCCCGGAGGAUUUCGAGAUCGUGUACCGUACGGAAGGAGUCCAACCGGAAAGACACGGGUUCGAAACGAUGGCUUACUACAAGCACCGUGUUCGUCCGGACAUCUUUAAAGGAAUGGGAGGCUUGGUGACGGAUCAAGCAGAGAGCUGGCAAAAGACGCGCACGAUCGUAAAUCCGGUGAUGAUGCAGCCCAAAACGCUGAAACGCUACGUCGAACAAGUGGACGAAGUGGCACGGGAGUUCAUGACGAUUGUGUCGAAUUUUCGUGACGAAAACUAUGAAGCCCCGGCCGACUUUGCUCGGUGGAUAAAUCGGUGGGCGUUGGAAACGAUUGGAAUGAUCGCUCUAGAUACGAGAUUUGGAGUACUGAACUCUGACACAUCUGGUGGUGAGAAGCAACUCGUUGGUCUCGUUCGAGAAAUGUUUGAUCUGCUCUACAAUUUGGACGUACUACCUUCCAUUUGGAAGUACUAUAAAACGUCCAACUUUAAAAGGCUAAUGCAAGUCUUCGACGAACUUACUGCAAUCGUGAGAGCAAGGGUUGCUGAAGCUGAUAUCAGGUUUGAGAAUCACCCAAGGCCGGAAAACGAACAAAGUCUUCUCGAAAAAAUGCUCAAAAUCGAUAAGCACGUGGCGAUGAUCAUGGCUUUUGACAUGAUAAUGGCCGGAAUCGAUACGACAUCGGCACUUUCCGCGGCUACUUUGUACUGUUUGGCAACGAAUCCUGACAAACAGGCGAAGCUUCGCAAAGAGCUGUUACCGGCAAUGCCUCACAAAGACUCGCCUUUAAACGCGGAUAACAUGCGCAAUAUGCCAUAUCUGCGAGCAUGCAUUAAGGAGGCAAUCCGUAUGUUUCCCGUCGUGGCUGGAAACGUUCGCACGGCAGGUCGCGAUAUUGUACUGCAAGGAUAUCGCAUUCCAAAGGGUACGAACGUGAUCAUGAGUAACAUGUUGCUGAUGCGUGACGAAAGCAUCUAUACGCGAGCGAAUGAUUACCUCCCGGAGCGAUGGUUGAGUGAUCGCGAUGCGGACAUUCCGAGCAUAAAGGACACGCAUCCGUUUACGUACACACCGUUCGGGUUUGGUCCUCGAAGCUGCAUUGGCAAGCGGUUGGCCAUGAUGGAGCUGGAGGUGAUCGUAUCCCGAAUGAUUCGACAGUUUGAGUUCAGGUGGAACUACAUGGAAUAUAAGGUGUCCACUAAAAUCAUUAACGGUCCCGGAAGUCCGUUACGAUUUGAAAUGAAGGAUGUGAAAUAUUAG